CCCGAAUAUUCUCGAAGUUUACUUCUUUAAAUGCGUCAGUACACAUUUAUUAUCGCGUUUCGUAUUUCGAGGACCCGCAGGCUUCCGUAGCGCCGGGACUGCUGCGGAAUAAAAGAACAGCCGGUGAAACGCAUAUUACACUUUAAACGUCUAAAAAUAAACUGUGCGGAUCAGAACCAUGAGUCGCAGCUAUAACGACGAGCUCCAGUAUCUGGAUAAAUUAUCCAGUAACUGCUGGAGGAUUAAAAAGGGCUUCGUUCCCAACAUGCAGGUUGAAGGAAUCUUCUACGUGAACGAUCCCCUGGAGAAGCUGAUGUUUGAGGAGCUCCGUAACGCCUGUCGUGGAGGAGGUGUGGGAGGAUUCCUUCCGGCCAUGAAACAGAUUGGAAACGUGGCGGCGCUUCCCGGGAUCGUACACCGAUCGAUCGGACUCCCAGACGUUCACUCUGGAUACGGGUUCGCUAUCGGAAACAUGGCGGCAUUCGACAUGAACGACCCCGAGGCCGUGGUGUCUCCAGGGGGCGUCGGAUUCGACAUUAACUGUGGCGUCCGGCUGCUGAGGACCAACCUGGACGAGGGCGACGUUCAGCCCGUGAAGGAGCAGUUGGCUCAGUCGCUGUUCGACCACAUUCCUGUGGGAGUCGGCUCCAAAGGAGUCAUCCCCAUGGGCGCCAAGGACCUGGAGGAGGCGCUGGAGAUGGGCGUGGACUGGUCCCUGAGGGAGGGCUACGCGUGGGCCGAGGACAAGGAGCACUGUGAGGAGUACGGCAGGAUGCUGCAGGCCGACCCCAACAAGGUCUCCUCCAAGGCCAAGAAGAGGGGCCUCCCCCAGCUGGGGACUCUGGGAGCUGGGAACCACUACGCUGAGAUCCAGGUGGUGGACGAGAUCUACAACGACUACGCCGCCAAGAAGAUGGGCAUCGACCACAAGGGCCAGGUGUGUGUGAUGAUCCACAGCGGCAGCAGAGGCCUCGGACACCAGGUCGCCACAGACGCUCUGGUUGCCAUGGAGAAGGCGAUGAAGCGGGAUAAGAUCACGGUGAAUGACCGGCAGCUGGCCUGCGCCCGCGUCACGUCUCAGGAGGGUCAGGAUUACCUGAAGGGGAUGGCGGCGGCAGGAAACUACGCCUGGGUCAACCGCUCCUCCAUGACCUUCCUCACCAGACAGGCCUUCUCUAAAGUCUUCGGUACGACUCCAGACGACCUGGACAUGCACGUCAUCUACGACGUUUCUCACAACAUCGCCAAAGUGGAGGAGCACAUGGUGGACGGGAAGCAGAGGACGCUGCUGGUCCAUCGUAAAGGCUCCACCCGGGCCUUCCCCCCCCACCACCCGCUCAUCCCUGUGGACUACCAGCUCACGGGUCAACCCGUCCUCAUCGGGGGGACGAUGGGGACCUGCAGCUACGUCCUGACGGGGACAGAACAGGGGAUGACGGAGACGUUUGGGACGACCUGUCACGGAGCGGGUCGAGCUCUGUCUCGAGCAAAGUCUCGCAGGAACCUGGACUUCCAGGACGUUCUGGACAAACUGGCCGACAUGGGCAUCGCCAUCAGAGUAGCUUCACCCAAACUGGUCAUGGAGGAGGCUCCUGAAUCGUAUAAAAACGUGACGGACGUGGUGAACACGUGUCACGACGCUGGGAUCAGUAAGAAGGCGAUAAAGCUGAGGCCCAUCGCCGUCAUUAAAGGAUGAAGACGCUCUGACCGGACUCAGGCCUCAGACUUCACCGCUCUGGUUUCUGGUUUCUGGUUUCUGGUUUGAUGCUCAGUCUGUGAUCCAAAUAAACACGAUCACUGAAAAAUAGACUUUGGAUUUUCCAUCACAGACGUCUGAAACUGAUCAGCCACAACAUUAAAACCCGCGGCAGGUCAGGUGGUUUCUACCUGCUGGAACACGCAGCGUGAAGCUAAUCCUCAGAGCUAAUCGUUAGCAGAAUAGCAUCUUCAUUUUUUUACUGAUAAAUACAGAUGUGCUGCUAAAAAUUGUGUUUUUCUUGUUUUCCAGAAACAUUUGAUUUUGCUUUGAGUCUCUACAGGAAGCUGCUGUUAAAAUGCACGAUUAUGUUUUGAAGAAUAAUUUAAGGAAUUAAACUUCAAUAAAUGAAUCAAACGUUCAG